UAUCAUGUAAACUAACCUCAAACUUAUGCUCCGAUUCCCGAACGUGUAGUUUCCUUUUAUUGCGGCUUUUGUUCAGACCGAAAUUUCUGGUGUUAUUUGCACUGUUCAUUUAAGCUGCUACAAUUAUGGCAACUGAGAGAUACAGCUUUUCUCUCACAACUUUUAGUCCAUCCGGAAAACUUGUGCAGAUUGAAUAUGCGUUGGCGGCUGUUGCAGCUGGAGCUCCAUCUGUUGGUUUGAAAGCUGUCAAUGGAGUUGUAAUUGCAACUGAGAAUAAGCAAAAAACAAUUCUGUACGAAGAGCACAUGAUUCACAAGAUAGAACCCAUCACAGAGCACAUAGGCAUGGUAUACAGUGGAAUGGGACCUGACUACAGGCUACUUGUUAAACGAGCGCGGAAAAUGGCACAACAGUAUUAUCUUGUUUAUCAGCAAGAAAUUCCCACUGCUCAGUUAGUUCAAAAAGUUGCAAUGCUAAUGCAAGAAUAUACACAAUCAGGAGGUGUACGACCAUUUGGUGUCUCUUUACUGAUAUGUGGCUGGGAUAAAGGCAAACCAUAUCUAUUCCAGUGUGAUCCAUCUGGCGCAUACUUUGCCUGGAAAGCAACUGCUAUGGGCAAAAAUCAUAUCAACGGGAAAACAUUUUUAGAAAAAAGGUAUAGCAAUGAUUUAGAGUUAGAUGAUGCCGUCCACACAGCUAUUCUCACCUUAAAAGAAGGAUUUGAAGGGCAAAUGACAGAAGAUACAAUUGAAGUAGGAAUCUGCGAUGCAUCUGGCUUCAGGCGACUUGACCCAGCCACUGUUAAAGACCAUCUAGCUAAUAUUCCUUAAGCAUACAUCAUGGACCUGAAUACUUUUCACUGAGAUUCUUUUCUUAUUCUUAGGAGCUGAGUGAGCUAAACAUUAGCUGGAAUGCAUUUGGAUUGAAAUUGGAUUUCAGCCCCUGAAUUUCUUUGUAACGUUAUAUCUUAAUUUCAAAGUUCUGUUUUGAUAUUUUUUGUACAUUUGCAUUUUUCAUGAUAACAUAGAACAUGUACCAAAAGCUUAA